AGUUUGCUUUCUGCCCGCUUCCAUUUCGUUUCGUUUUCGUUCGUUUUCUUUUUUAUUUUGUUUUUUUAUCGCUCUACCUACCUAUCACUUAACGAUGCUCUCGACGCUCUUUGGAGGUGGUGGUGGAGGAGGAGGAUAUCAAGGACAACAGCGCUCUCAACCACACCACCACAACCACAUUGUUCAAUCACCUCUCGCUCCAACAAGAGGAUCAUCACACUCUGACAAUGUGUAUAAUCUUCCUCCUAAAAAGGUCAUCAAGGCAACGAGACCUUACAGACCUCGCUUCGUCAACGAGCUCGGCUUUGACGUUGGUGACUUUUUUUAUGUCCUUGACGAAGUCGAUGCUCAUUACUAUGAAGUUGUCAACCCUGUCGCGCGGGUCCGCGGCUUGGUGCCAAUUGCACACUUUGAGGCGCUCGAAAAGGUCAAGGCAGCAGCAAACUCGUCGCAGCCAACGUAUUACCCUGUGCAACGGGAGGAGCGGCCACAGGAAUCGCACCACCGCUCCUAUCAUCUCUCCACUGCGACUACCGUCUACGACGAUGACCGUAAACACGAAUCCAGCUAUUCCACAGUCUCAGAUCCAAGAUCGGUAGACUAUGAUUCAUCAUCACACUCGUCCUCAUCCUCCAUGUCUCAUGACUCUUAUUCUCGCUUUCCAUCACGAUCAUCAUCGCAUCCAUCCACCUCAAUGGCAUCAGCUCAACCGCCGCCACGGUCCAAUAUGCACGCUUCCCUACCGUCUCCCACAAGCCCCAAUACACCACAACAUCAGGACAAACAAGCGCAAUUCUAUAACCCCGGUAUUGGCCGUCAACUGCCAAAAAUUGUGUCUGCUCAUGUCCAAGCCGAUACGUUGCUACCAGACGGACGAUUCCAGUACACUGUGGAACUGCAUCUCGACGACUCGACCAAGCACGUCUUGUUUAGAGUGUUUGAUGAUUUCUGGGCUCUCCAUGUCGCUCUAUUGACACAAUUCUCUGUUGAAUCGGGUCGCAAACCCAAUCAUCCGCGUGUCAUUCCCUUUUUACCACCACCACCACCUUCUGCAAAGCCCCAACAACCUGCACCGCCCGUUUCGCCCGCCGAAAAGGAACGACGAAAAUUAGCUCUGGAUAAUUACUUGUCGGACCUUGUCCUCCUCCCUCCACCGAUUGAACACUCGCCUGCACUCAACCGAUUCUUCAUGUUACGAAAGGGAGAUGUAUCCACGCCCGUCGAUGUAAAGUUUGACGUCAGUUCCACCCUCAUGGACUUGAUAUCCGAAUACAACUCGUUCCAGACCAUCGCUCGACCGGGACAAACCAUCUCACGAUCUCGUGGAAAUGGAGCAGACGGAUCAGUUAAAAUAAAGUUGCACAUUGGUGAUGAUGAGACGAUUGCAUGGAGAGUGGAAGAGUCAACGAGAUUUGAAGACGUGGUUAGGAACGUUAGGGCCAAGUUGGACGGACGAUCGCGAAGGGAUCUGACUUUAUGGUACAAGGAUGAAUGCGGCAUGCUCAUCCAAGUCUAUGGAGAGACGGACUGGGGACUGUUGGUGAGAGGGCGAUGGGGCAAGAUUGUCUUGUAUGUUAAUUAGUGGAAUGCUUUUUGUAGUUGUGUGUGUCUUUUGUACAGGUUAGUCUUUUUUGUAGUUGCCUCGGUUAGUUUUGUCUAAUUGUUCCGUCGUAAAUGGUGGACAUCUAUGAGCGUGUAAAACAAUGUAUAGUUUUUAGUUAUUAGUUACUGACACUAAUAUUGGAAGGAUAAAUAAACAUCAUG